GGAAGGACGGAGCGCCUGGCCAGGAGUGGGAGCCUGGGCAGAGAGUACGGGCCACCAGCGUCAGGCCACGGGACAGAGGGACACCCUCAUUGUCCCCAGGGGACCAGACCAGGUGCGCCCUCCGCAGGAGGUUGCACCGUUUGGAAGGCACAGGCGCCCCGCCCCAGCUGGGCCAUGGCGCCCCCAAGGGACGUGGUGAAGAUCGCCGUUCAGAAGCGUGAUGCCAUCCCGCAGCUCAUCCAGCUGGACCAGGCAAAGCCCCUGGCCGCUGUGCUGAAGGAGGUGUGCGAUGCGUGGAGCCUGGCUCACCCUGAGCGCUAUGCCCUGCAGUUUGCGGAUGGGCACAAGAGAUACAUCACUGAGAAUAACCGCUCAGAGAUCAAGAAUGGCAGCAUCCUGUGCCUCAGCACUGCCCCAGACCUUGAGGCUGAGCAGCUGUUGGGUGGGCUGCAGCGUGGGAGUCGUGAAGGGCGCCGGGAUGCCCUGCAGCACCUUGCCCUGCUGGCUCCCGACAUGACCUUUGCCCAGGAGGUCAUCAGCCGUGAUGGGCUAAAGAGGCUAGGCGCCAUCAUUGAGGAAGGGGAAGACCUAGGGGAGGUGCUGGCCCUCGCACUGCAGGCCUUCUUGGAGCUCAUGGAGCACGGCGUGGUGUCCUGGGAGACGCUCACUAUCCCCUUUGUUAAGAAGGUGGCAGAUUAUGUGAACAUGAACCUGAUGGACCCCUCUGUGCAGCCCCUGGCCCUCAGAUUGCUGGAGAGUGUGACCUUGAGCAGCUCUGUCCUGGGCCAGGUGGUCAAAAAUGAGGUUUCACCGAAUAGGCUGCUGGUACACCUACAGGUGAUGAACCAGCAGCUGCAAACCAAGGCCAUGGCUCUGCUGACGGCCUUGCUGCAGGGGGCCAGCCCUGCCGAACGUAAGGACAUGCUUAACCACCUGUGGCAGAGAAACCUUCGCCAGUUCAUCUAUAAGAACAUCAUCCAUAGCGCAGUGCCAAUGGGUGACGAGAUGGCUCACCACUUGUACGUGCUGCAGUCCCUUACUCUGGGGCUGCUGGAGCCACGCAUGCGGACACCACUGGACCCCUACAGCCAGGAGCAGCGGGAGCAGCUGCAGUCCCUGCGCCAGGCUGCCUUCGAGCCAGAAGGGGAGUCCCCCAGUGCCGGGCUGAGUGCUGACCGUCGCCGUUCCCUAUGCGCCCGCGAGUUCCGCAAGCUGGGCUUCUCCAACAGCAACCCCGCGCAAGACCUAGAGCGUGUGCCCCCUGGCCUGCUGGCCCUGGACAACAUGCUCUACUUCUCCAAAAAUGCACCCAGCGCCUACAGCCGGUUUGUGUUGGAGAACAGCAGUCGUGAGGACAAGCACGAGUGCCCCUUUGCGCGGAGCAGUAUCCAGCUGACCGUGCUGCUGUGUGAGCUGCUCCACGUUGGGGAGCCCUGCUCCGAAACGGCCCAGGACUUUUCACCCAUGUUCUUCGGCCAAGACCAGAGUUUCCAUGAGCUGUUUUGCGUGAGCAUCCAGCUGCUGAAUAAGACUUGGAAGGAGAUGCGGGCCACACAGGAGGACUUUGACAAGGUCAUGCAAGUGGUCCGGGAGCAGCUGGCCCGCACACUGGCCCUGAAGCCCAGCUCCCUGGAGCUCUUCCGAACCAAGGUGAACGCACUCAACUAUGGGGAGGUGCUGCGACUGAGGCAGACUGAGCGGCUGCAUCAGGAGGGCACGCUGGCCCCUCCCAUACUGGAGCUUCGGGAGAAGCUGAAGCCAGAGCUCAUGGGCCUGAUCCGCCAGCAGCGUUUGCUCCGCCUCUGCGAGGGGACGCUCUUCCGCAAGAUCAGCAGCAGGAGGCGCCAGGACAAGCUGUGGUUCUGCUGCCUGUCCCCCAACCACAAAGUGCUGCAGUACGGGGAUGUGGAGGAUGGUGCCAGUCCACCUGCCCCCGAGAGCCUCCCAGAGCAGCUCCCUGUGGCUGACAUCAGGGCACUACUGACCGGCAAGGACUGCCCCCACGUCCGGGAGAAGGGCUCAGUGAAGCAGAACAAGGACCUCUAUGAAUUAGCUUUCUCAGUCAGCUAUGACCAUGGGGAAGAGGAGGCGUACCUCAACUUCAUUGCCCCCUCCAAACAGGAGUUCCACCUGUGGACAGAUGGGCUGAGCACCCUGCUGGGCAGUCCUAUGGGCAGUGAGCAGACACGGCUAGACCUGGAGCAGCUGCUGACCAUGGAGACCAAGUUGCGCUUGUUGGAGCUGGAGAAUGUGCCAAUUCCUGAGCAGCCACCUCCUAUCCCCCCGCCCCCCACCAACUUCAACUUCUGCUAUGACUGCAGCAUCGCUGAACCUUAA